AUGACUGCAUAUCAAAUGGAUUCAACAGCGUAUGCCAAUAGUGUCACUCAGCAAUAUACUCAGCCGCAAAGUUUAACUUUACAUGAUAUUUCAGCUGUAGAGGAUGAAAUACAAAAUAAAAUAGAGGCUGCCAGACAAGAGAGUAAGCAGCUUCAUGCGCAAAUAAGCAAGGUCAAGCAUAAAAUACAGGACGCAAACCUAUUCCAAAUGGCCAAUAAACUGGCGCCGCUAACCAAAAAUAAAAUCAAUUUGAAACCGAAUAUGGUACUAAAAGGUCAUAAUAAUAAGAUCUCAGACUUUCGCUGGAGUCGAGAUUCAAAACAUAUUUUAAGUGCAAGUCAAGAUGGCUUCAUGCUUAUAUGGGACAGUGCUUCAGGUUUGAAGCAGAACGCUAUCCCGUUAGAUUCACAAUGGGUUCUUUCUUGUGCCAUCUCACCAUCAAGUAAUUUGGUGGCGAGUGCAGGUCUGAACAAUAACUGUACCAUUUAUAGAGUUUCAAAAGAAAAUAGAGUGCAACAAAAUGUUGCAUCAAUUUUCAAAGGGCAUACCUGUUAUAUUUCGGACAUUGAAUUUACAGAUAACUCGCAUAUAUUAACGGCGAGUGGAGAUAUGACAUGUGCCUUGUGGGAUAUACCGAAAGCGAAAAGAGUGAGAGAGUAUUCCGAUCAUUUGGGUGAUGUUUUGGCAUUAGCCGUUCCCGAAGAGCCAAACUCAGAGGUCUCCUCYAAUAUUUUCGCUAGUUGUGGCUCAGACGGGUAUACAUAUAUAUGGGAUGAUAGAUCCCCAUCUGCGGUACAAAGCUUCUACGUUAAUGACAGUGAUAUCAAUGCACUUCGCUUUUUCAAAGAUGGGAUGUCAAUCGUAACGGGGAGUGACAACGGUGUGAUAAAUAUGUAUGACUUAAGGUCAGACUGCUCCAUAGCUAGUUUCUCUCUCUUUCGAAGUUAUGAGGAGCAUACUCCUACUUAUAUGGCAGCUAAUAUGGAAUACAAUAGCACUCAAUCACCACAAACUGUAAGAUCAACAACUUCGGGCUUCCUGGAUAACCAGGGAGUUGUUUCUUUAGACUUUAGUGCAUCAGGAAGAUUGAUGUACUCAUGCUAUACAGAUCUCGGCUGUAUUGUGUGGGAUAUAUUAAAAGCAGAGAUUGUAGGGAAACUGGAGGGUCACGGCGGGCGAGUUACCGGUGUACGCUCCAGUCCAGAUGGACUAGCUGUAUGCACAGGUUCGUGGGAUUCGACUAUGAAAAUCUGGUCCCCAGGUUACCAAUAG